GUCUGACUCUGACUGUGGUCGUACAGUGUUUCCCAGCUGAUAGUGAAAGAAGAUGGCGUCCGUCAUUCUUAAAAUAUUAUUCGUCGCGACUAUCUCUGCCGCUUUGGCAUUUGAUGAACAGCCUUCGUCAUUAGAAAAUGACAAAAAUUGUGAAUUCUACUGCAAAGAAACUUCGACUGUGCUCUCGGCAAACAGCUGCGCUCGUGGCUGCCGCUUCUACGCAAUUUCCAAGUUCCUGCAACCUACUGGAGAUGUUCGCAGCUUGUGCAAGAACUCUUGUGAAGAGGCUUAUGACCUAGACAAUGACAACUUCAACUCGUGUGAUGAAGGCUGUGGCCAGGAGUUCUUGCUCUCCAAGAAACCUUCUCCUAACCUGGUGGACCCUAAACCACAAGCUUCAGCGGAGUCUGGUGAGGAUGUCUCAGCUGCAGAGGGAAAUGUAGAAGGUGAAGGUUUGCAGCUGCACCUGAUGACUCCGAUCCUGCAAGUGCGGAGAGUUGUGUCGCAGGUCAUCGGGUCCAUCCACAUCCUGAAGCAGUCUAUGCUCACUUACUUCCUGCGAGAUGACAAGACUGUCAUUGCUGUUGAAUCUCAGCCUGAGAUGAUCAUCGAGAUGGCGCCCCACGGCGGUGAGGACGUGGGACAGUCUGCUGAAGACUCCAGCUUCAACCUCAAGCCUCUCGACGACACCUCUAAUGAAAUUAGCUCGUGGAACUUGGAUAGCCUGAACCCAUUCCAAAGCCGACAAGUGGAGGACUCUGAAGCAGCUGCUGCAGAAGGCGUGAGCCGCGUGUCCCUGCAGAGCAGCAGCCACUUCGCCUACCUCCUGCACCUCCUCCUGCUGCUGGCUGCCAUCGCGCUCUCCCUUCUCGCCCUCAGCUACUGCCUUGCUGUCGCCAGACACCAGCGACGCAAGGAAGCUAAAGCCGCGAACCUGGCGACGGCCCUGCAGGUGGAGCCUCUGAAGCUGGUCCGCCCCGAGGACCUGACGAAGCUCUGCCUUCUGGAGGAUGAAUGCCAGGCUCCUCCGCUGCCUCAGAAGCACGACUUUGCGCUCACUCACGCCUCUGUGUGAUGUAUGGCGCCUGUGUCGUCUGUGUAGGGUCAUGUGUGCUGCUGUCUGUUUUGUGUGAUGUGUGCUGCCGUCUGUUUUGUGUGAUGUGUGCUGCCGUCUGUUUUGUGCGAUGUGUGCUGCCGUCUGUUUUGUGUGAUGUGUGCUGCCGUCUGUUUUGUGUGAUGUGUGCUGCCGUCUGUUUUGUGUGAUGUGUAAUAUCCAUUUACAUGUUACAUGCCGUAUGUGUACUAUGUAGUGUGAUGUGAUGAGUUAUCUGGCUUGACCGCGAUCCGACACACUUAGUUCUGAUGUGUUCCAAUCGUGAUAAGGUUUGUGUUCGUGAUGCCUUGUGCAGAUAACGUGUGAAUGUUUCUUCUGUGUGUUGUGUCCUACACAGACACGUGUGUUGUGGCCUACACAGACACGUGUGUUGUGGCCUACACAGACACUUGCGUCGUGAGUGUUUGAGUUUGUGUGAUACGCAUCCGAGGAGUGUCACGCCCCGAGGUUGUGUCUAGAAAUGGUUUUCUGAUUCCUCGUCUGAUUUCUUCUGUUUAACUUCAAAAUUUGUGCUUUUAUACAAAUCUCGCUGAAUAAAUGCAAAUUAUUUCAGUUUUCUCUCUGAAAAAUUUUCUAUAGUAUUGCAGCAUCUGAGAUUUUCAGGAUGCAGAAUCGUUCAUGUUUGAUUUUUGUUGUCAACCAGCAACUGAAGUUAUUUCAAGUUGGGGAAGUAACGGUCAAAAUGUUUAGUUCAUUAUCAAAAUUGGAAGUGAAUGAGAGAUAAGCCAUGAGAAGUUAAAGAAGGCUCGUAAAUGAUUCAGAACGUUGAAAUAUUGAAAUGUGCAAGGUACAUUCUGGGCUGUGAAGAGCAUUUGAUGCAUUUGAAUUGAAUAAUUUAAAGUUUAUAUCUUCAUCCAUAAACGCAGCAGAAAAGUAACUGAAGCUCAUAAAUUUAUUUACGUGCGCGGGUAACUGCACGGGAUAUGAAACGUAAUGAAGAAAUUGAAAUGAUGCCUCUUGUGUUGGGCGUGUGCCUCGUUUCUAGUGCCUUAUUAAGAAUGAUAUGCUCGCUCCUUUUGCUUCUAUUGUCGCUUUGCUUUAGAUUCACUUUGCGAUCAUUUGUUAGCAGGCAGAUUAUCUUGUGUGUCUUGAAGAUGAUCAAUAAUGACGGUGAUCAAUGAUAUCGCUAGUUGAUUUAUCAAUAUCAGUGAUUCGCUUUCCUCAAAAUCUCUCGUCUGUUAACCGUUCUCUCUGUUGUCAAUCCGCGCGUGUUCGUAGCGACUUGUUCCUGGACCUCAGUGAGUCUCAUUGGCUUCCAUUUACAUGCAAAAAACGUAAAAAUAUUGGGUUUCGUUUACAUCUGAUAAACGGUGAGACCAAAAACCGUUUUGAUCCGUGUUCUAGUUCAAACUUAUUUUAUGGCUAUUAAAUUUGGAGUAUUUGUUGAAGUUUCGAUUAAAAUGAGGAUUUCCGAUCGUAGUUUCUUUUUGCUCUGCUCAGAAUAGCUGCAAUCGAGGAUGAGGUGUCGUAUUUUAUAUACAGUCUUCCACGUUUAAUUAGUUAAAUGCUGCUUGUCUGUAUUAGAGGACAGCAAUAGUUUUCAGUAGUCAGUAGUGAUUUAAUGCUUAUUUUAUUCCGAGGAAUUGUCUUUACACAGAAUAGGUUUUUAAGGAAUUUGCCUGUUUUAACGAGACUUUUUUUAUCACUAUCGUAUUCCCCAAGUUUACUUUUAGUUCGAAUUUUUUAGGGGAAAUGGUUCUGUAUUUUUUACAUUACCCUCCUUAUCGUGCCUGCACUGUCGGCUCUCAAACAUUUAUGUAUGGCUCUUAGUUUUCAUUGCUGUGUUCAUUCCGAGUUGAUUAAUAUUGACAUUUUCAAAUAAAUUUUUCUGUCGUCACGUACUUCUCGCUCUCACUUUCAAAUUAAUUUUCUCGAUGAUGUGUCGCUCAUUCUGAACUUUUUCCCCCACACAAAUCCUCUUUUUCAUUUAAAUAUUUGAAACUCUAAAUUAAUUAUGUAGGAAAUGUGCUCUGCGCAGUAUGUUGCACGUUGUGCCCAAGAGAUCAAUAUUAUCUUGUAUUUUAUUUUAUUAUCAGCCAUUAUGUGCCACUGUUAUCUCUAGCCACGCUUUACUUUCAGUUAUCUCCUUAUGUUCUAUAUCAUUGUGUUUUGCUUGCGAUAUCUUAUGGCGCAGUUUUCUUUAUGUUUAACAUUCCUAUUUGGCUUUAAACGUUAUUGACGUUCUAUCGUUACGUUGAAAUUCUUACCUUUAUACAGAGCCAAUUGGUUUGUCAUAUAACCAAUUGUAACAAAUUGCCAGUUAGAGCUUAUCUGCCGAUAUGGUAUAACAUGGAUUAAAGAUCAUAGCAUCUGAGCUGGGGAAUAUUAUCUGUAUUAUGUGAGAUUUCUUUUUUUUUCUCAUUACAUUAACUGCCCCAUUAUUCUGGUAUCGAAGCGAGAUUCAUUUAAUCUUUGACAAAGUAAUUCCUUUAUGAGACUAGAACCAGGCAAUUUCCUACUGACUUUGAAAUAAAUCCAACUUUAUGGACGUAAAAGUAAUGCUUUUGUUAUUAUGAAACAGAAUUUAUUUGAGAUUUAUGUGUACAUGGCGACUAGCCUACGGUAGUUUCUGUACCUCGACUUGUUUCUUCGUAUAACCUGAUGCUUAUUAAGUGUUAAUUGAACAUUAACUAUCAACUUCCCAGAGAAAUGUACGUAAAUUUAGUAUUUGUGACAAUUUUCAGCCUGAUGAUUUUAAAGGUAAGAAAUAUUUUCGGAUUUCUCUACCAACGUAGAAAAUUUCCAUAGUCCGGUAAAUGCCCUUUUGGCAUUUCUCUUUAUCAUGGAAUCCCUUUAAGAUGUUUCUAGGUUCAGUUUGUAUCUUAUAUUCUGCGUGAUGGCUUAUACAUUUAUUGGUCUUCAUAUUAUAUAUCUUUACUUUAA